AUGAAGUCCAGAAGUAUAGCUGAAGAUUAUGUCAGUUUUGUUGCAAAGACUGCAAUUCCAAGAGCCAUGAAUUCCAGAGAAAUUGAAGAAGCAUCUUCUUGCGAUGAAGAAUUAAUGACUGUUCGUCAAUGUAUUGAGACAGGAUUUUGGGACAGUCCCAAGUGCGACAGUUACAAGUCAGUUCGUGAUGAACUUUGUAUUGUUGGAAAGAUUGUCUUGAGAGGUACACGGAUGGUCAUACCACCAAAACUACGACCAAGAGUGAUUGAAUUAGGCCACGAGGGCCAUCAAGGGAUUCUCAAGAUGAAACAACGACUGCGUACGAAAGUCUGGUGGCCGGGAAUUGACCAAGAAGCGGAAAAGUUCUGCAAAAGUGUCAUGGAUGUCAAGCUGUGA